CCAAAAGGAGGGAAAAAUAUCCAAUUUUCAUCGCAAAAUUAGCUAGGGCGAGAGCAAAGGGCUGAGCUAAUUGUAGCCUAAUCCUCUGCCCUCCAGGCGUUUGCAAAGCCCUGAGCAAGAAUUCGCUUUUUUUCCUCCUCUUCUCCCUUCCCUCUGUUAUUUAGAGACGGGAUUAUUGCCUUUCUUCUCAUAACAGCCUCGGCGGUUUCAUUUAAAGGCUUUUUUUCCCCCCUCUCACACACACACAUACACACACGCACAAAAUAAAUAGGAAAAGAAGCAGCAAAAACAGGGGAAGAGCGAGGAGACAGAGAAGCUUUAAAAAUAAUAAUAAUCACAGCAGGAUCUGCGGAGCAAAGAUAGUAAUAAAAGCAAAAAGCUGAGCCCAUCCACACACAGCCCCGGCAGAGCCCAAAGCCAAAGGGGGGCUGGCAGCUCUCUUCUGUGCUCAAGGAGGGAAGAAGCAUGUCCCGUCUGUCUCUAACACGGUCCCCGGUUUCUCCUCUGGCUGCUCAAGGAAUUCCUCUCCCAGCCCAGCUCACCAAGUCCAACGCUCCGGUGCACAUCGAUGUAGGAGGACACAUGUACACCAGCAGCCUGGCCACCCUCACCAAGUACCCAGACUCCAGAAUAAGCCGUCUGUUUAAUGGCACAGAGCCUAUUGUCCUGGACAGUUUAAAACAACAUUAUUUCAUUGAUCGAGAUGGGGAAAUCUUCAGAUACAUAUUAAGCUUCCUAAGGACAUCUAAGCUACUGCUCCCAGAUGACUUUAAGGACUUUAAUCUUUUAUAUGAAGAAGCAAAGUAUUACCAGCUGCAGCCAAUGAUUAAGGAACUUGAGCGAUGGAAACAAGAGAAAGAACAAAGGAAACAUUUCCAGCCUUGUGACUGCUUGGUUGUAAGAGUGACUCCAGAUCUGGGGGAGAGAAUUGCAUUGAGUGGGGAGAAGGCUUUGAUAGAGGAGAUCUUCCCGGAGACCGGGGAUGUCAUGUGCAACUCAGUGAACGCGGGCUGGAACCAGGACCCCACCCACGUUAUCAGGUUUCCCUUGAACGGGUACUGCCGGCUGAACUCAGUGCAGGUGCUCGAAAGAUUAUUUCAGAAGGGAUUUAACGUGGCAGCCUCCUGUGGUGGCGGGGUGGAUUCCUCCCAGUUCAGCGAAUACGUGCUGUGCCGCGAAGACAGACGAGCACAACCCACCCCAACAAUCAGAAUAAAACAGGAGCCCCUGGACUAGACCCUCCCUGCCCCCUUUGUAACCGUAGAAGUGUUCAAUAGUCCCUUAUGUGAAACACUAAGGAUUUGCAAGACAGUAUUAGCAAACAGAUUUGGACUUGAUGUUGCCAGUUAGUGGUAUUCUGAAACUACCUGUCCCACGGCCAGCCGUGGAACGCGUUUGAGAACCAGCUGUGUGGAGUUCCCAGCACAGCACGGCAGGGCUGGGAUGUACUUUGGGCUGACCAGCAGUGGUGUGCAACAGGCAGAGCUCUGGAAACCCUGGCCUGGCCUGGACUUCUGCAGCAAGAGCCAUGGAAGCAGUGGAGCUGCCCAGCAGGAGCCCAGGGACAGCCCAGAGCCGCGCUGCGGGGCCGGGGGCGUCUGCGGGAGGAAGAACCCCAAAAACUGCACUGAGAACCUUCCCUGACUGCUGCCCCUCCUCCAUAUCAGACGUGCUUUACCCCCCAGCACCACGGUCACCUGGUGAUUGUACUCACCCAUCAGCAAAUGGCUUAUUUUUAUACUACAUUUCCAACUGAGGUCUCUCUCUGUGAACAGGAUCCAGAAACAGAAAAGGACUGAUUCAUAGUCACUGGUGCUCAGUACUCACACCCCCCUCAAACCAAACCAAACAAGUGACAAGAAAUUAGGCCCACUUAUGGCAAUAUUUCCAGCAGUAGGGAUCUGGAAGCACAAAAUAAAAUGCCAUCCAUCAUCACACGAGGGUCAAUUACCCCACGUGGAGCUGUAGCUCUUUUAAAGCCAAUCUUGUUUUUUGACACAACAGCUGUUAAGUUUUGCAUCAUCAAAGAAGCGUGGUUCUACCGAGCAAGCCACCCCUUGUUAAUCAUUUGCAAACCAUGUUAGAAGCCCACACUUAGCAGGAAAGUUUGAGAAUUUUGGACAAGCCCACUCUUUAUGGGUCUGGAAUUCUUGCAAAGAGUUGUUAAAACCCUGUAUUGCCAUUGCCAGAUGAAAGCAGGCUGCCUUCGGUUUAAAUUGUUUUAUUAUUUUAAAUUAUUAUUAAAAUUUGAAUUCUGUAGCUGCCCUCUACCUGUGUAACUUUCUCUGUAACAAAGUCAGGGGUCUGUCUGCAGGAGGGUCCUGCUUCUGCCAGGACCUGGCACUGACUCACAGGGCUUUCUAACUCAGGAGACAGCACCGUGUUUGCAGGUGCAAGGUUAUAAAUAGCAUUCUGCUAAAUCCAGUUUAUUGCUGUUUAGCAUGAUUGGGUCCUCAAUCACUAAUUCAUGUGUUAAUCACAAUUUCGUUUCUCCCACAUGAAUUUAUGGAAUACUGUUUUAGAUGCUGAAUUUUAAUUAAAUUCUUUUUAGAUGCAUAAAUAUGGCCAUAUGGAACAAGGGACAGAGUAUUAAGUGGUCAGCAGUUCUUAAUGCAAAUUGAUUGAAUUUAAAAGUCACGUUUAAGACUAGUGUUUUCAAAAGCAAUGAGCUGUACUGACUAUCCAAGGUAAAAUCUAGGCAGGGGUCUAAUUUUUGGAAAAGGGCUGGAUACCUGUCCAUAGAAAAUCAGACCUCUGCAGGUUUUCUCACCUUGGUCACCCAACUCAGAAAUCUCUAAUGGCAAUCCUCACCAGUUGGCCUGCUACCUUAGCAGAACAGUUGAGCAAAUCUGUCUACUUUAAGAGUUGUAAAGUUAUUUUAUUUUGUGGUUUUAUACUUGUACGACAUUCUAAAGUUGCUAGGCAUUGCCAUAUUUGAAUAUAUGGCACAACAUUCACCUUUGUAUGUAAGAUAUCUGUAGAAUUGUAUAUUAUACAUUUAAUAUUGUAAAGAACUUAACGUAUAAUUGUCAUGUAUUUGUGUAUGCACAUUUCUUAUACAGUACUUCAUGCCAUAAACAUUUCUGUAAAGUAAAUGAACAAAAAACAAGCACGUAGGGUGGAACAUUCACUGUAUCUCCCAUGCUGUUUGAAAGAGGUGAGAAUUUUUGAUUGCAUCUUCUCCAGCCCUUUGCUCCAUUCAGCUUGAUGUAGCCACGUCUUACAAAAAGAUAGAAGUGUUUUAUUUAUUACUUUCAUACCUUUCAGUCCAAAGUCUCCUUCAGUAGUCCGUUCAGGUUCUUGUUUUUCUCCUGUAUCCACUCCUGCCCUGCCCUCGGGCACAGGGUGAGCUGAGCCCUUGUGGCAGCAGCCCUGUGCAGCUCUUACCUCUCACCAGGGAAUAAAGGUGAUUUUCCAUCCCAGGGGCUGCCCCUGCCCCUGGGGCUCUCCCCGGCAGCUCCGGGGAGCGCAGACCGGGACGGUGCUUUUACACAUCUGUGGAACGUUGGAAGUAUUUGUGCUUGGUUGGGUGGUUGGUUUUGCCUCAGUUUGGUGUUUACUGUCUUUUUUUAUGGCUCACUAAAGCAGCUCCCGUAGCUGGGGCAGCUUUGCUGAGGUGGCAUUGGAAAGGGUUCCAGGCUGCGCCAGCCCAGUGAAAUGUGAACUUGAGAUGGAAAGCUUAAACCAUGACAUCACAGCAUUGACUGCAAAACAGCACAAAGGCGAGGAAGACAUGUGGAAACAAUCACUUUCUUAGAAGAAAUAUGCCUUUAAAAAAAAAGUUAAGCUAGGACAUGUUCUUUUAGUUAGUAACUUCAGGUCACUUAUUUAAAGAUUAUUACAGUUUCAUUUAUAUAUUUUUUACUUAUUUCCCUAUAUUUUUAGGCAUUGAUAUCAGCAAAAACUGAUUUGAAUAUUUACUUCUGGCCUUAAACCACAGCAACAUAACUUAAUGAAGAACACUGCUCAGCAUCAGUAAGAUGUUUUAAAGCACCACAGAAGCCCGGUGAGGCUGUGGGGUGCAGCCAGCACAUGUUUGCGUGGCGAGGGCCAAGAAGCAAAGCACAGCCUGGUUCUUCUCCUGAUCCCAUUGAGCAAAACUGUUGUGAUUCGCUGUUGCUGAGCUGGCCCCGUGCUCGGCACGAGGCCUCACAAGCACUUUGUGUCCGGGCUGUCACAGCCCCGGUGCAGGCAGAAAGGAAAAGGGAAUGUUCUGUUGUGCUUGUUGGGCUCCUCGCUCCAGAAAGCCACUGCUGAGCACGCCCAUUCUCUGCACUGACGGCACCGAGGUUUGAUGACAAUUUUAUUAGAGGUUUCACAAAGGAUAAGAAUCAGCACAACAAAACAUUGAAGUAUUUGGUUUUAAUAUUUGUUUGUGGGUAUUCUGUUAAUAUUUUAAUGCAAAAUGUUUCUGACCAGUGCUUAAGAACUACAAGACAAUGUGAAAUUCAUGUUUGAUAAAUUAAUACUGUAUGUCACUCGAUGUGUUACUUUAGUAAAUUGUUUUAUUUCUUUACAAAAUAAGUACAAAUAAGGGAGUAUGUUUUCACACAAAUUGGGGGUAUUUACCAGUAUGUACAGAAAUCAUCAAAAUAACGUAACUCUAAUAAACACAAGGCCUUUAUAAACAAUAUGUACAAAUUAUCAAUACAUUUAAAACAUAACUUUACACUUCCUGGCCUUAAAUACCUUAUGAAUAAUCUUUUGGCUAAAUAGCAGCAGUAUAAAUUUUCUUCUGCUUUUCAUAAACCUUAAAAAAUAAUUAAAACCUUUGUUUUUAAAA